UUGCCAUCAUGGAUGCUCUGGAGAAAGCAAAUGGCACUUUUGCCUUAAACCUUUUGAAACUAUUCGGUGAAGAUGGCUCCAAAAAUGUAUUUUUCUCACCCAUGAGCAUCUCCUCAGCCCUGGCCAUGGUCUUUAUGGGAGCAAAGGGAAGCACUGCAAGCCAGAUGAUUCAGGCACUUUCUUUGGAUAAAUGCAGCAGCAAUGGUGGUGGAGAUGUCCACCAAGGCUUCCAGUCACUUCUCAAGGAAGUGAACAGGACUGGCACGCAGUACUUGCUCAGAACAGCCAACAGGCUCUUUGGGGAAAAGACCUGUGAUCUUUUAGCAUCCUUUAAAGAUUCCUGCCGCAAGUUCUAUGAAGCAGAGAUGGAAGAGCUGGACUUUCAGGGCGCCACAGAGCAGUCCCGACAGCACAUCAACACCUGGGUGGCCAAAAAGACUGAAGAUAAAAUCAAAGAGCUGCUGUCCCCAGGAACAGUGGAUUCAGACACUCUGCUGGUCCUUGUGAAUGCCAUCUACUUCAAGGGAAACUGGAAGGAGCAGUUUAACAAAGAGGACACCAGGGAGAUGCCUUUCAAAGUCAGCAAGAAUGAGGAGAGACCUGUGCAAAUGAUGUUUAAGAAGUCUACCUUCAAGAUGACCUAUAUUGGAGAGAUAUCCACCAAGAUCCUGAUGCUUCCCUAUGUCGGCAAUGAGCUGCACAUGAUCAUCAUGCUUCCAGAUGAGCACGUUGAACUGAGCACGGUGGAAAAGGAAAUAACUUACGAGAAAUUCAUAGAGUGGACGAGGCUGGACAAGAUGGAUGAAGAAGAGGUGGAGGUUUUCCUUCCGAGGUUUAAGCUGGAGGAGAACUAUGACAUGAAGGAUGUGCUGUGCAAGCUGGGCAUGGCGGAUGCCUUUGAGCCUGACAGGGCAGACUUUUCUGGAAUGUCUGCCCAGAAGGGCAUGUCUUUGUCCAAGGUUGUACAUAAGGCCUUUGUGGAGGUCAAUGAGGAGGGCACAGAGGCUGCGGCUGCUACAGCUGCCAUCAUGAUGAUGAGGCUUGCCAUCAUGGAUGCUCUGCAGGAAGCAAAUGGCACUUUUGCCUUAAACCUUUUGAAACUACUGGGUGAAGACAGCUCCAAAAAUGUAUUUUUCUCACCCAUGAGCAUCUCCUUAGCCCUGGUUAUGGUCUUGAUGGGGGCAAAGGGAAGCACUGCAAGCCAGAUGAUUCAGGCACUUUCUUUGGAUAAAUGCAGUGGCAAUGGAGGUGGAGAUGUCCACCAGGGCUUCCAGUCACUUCUCAAGGAAGUGAACAGGACUGGCAUGCAGUACUUGCUCAGAACAGCCAACAGGCUCUUCGGGGAAAAGACUUGCGAUGUCCUAGCUUCCUUUAAAGAUUCCUGCCGCAAGUUCUAUGAAGCAGAGAUGGAAGAGCUGGACUUUCAGGGCGCCACAGAGCAGUCCCGACAGCACAUCAACACCUGGGUGGCCAAAAAGACUGAAGGAAAAAUUCCAGAACUGUUGUCAGGUGACUCAGUUGAUCCAGAGACCAGGCUGAUUCUUGUCAAUGCCUUAUAUUUCAAAGGAAAGUGGCAUCAAGCAUUUGAGAGAGGAAACACCAGGGAAAUGCUAUUUAAAAUAAACGAGAAGGAAAAGAGGCCAGUGCAGAUGAUGUAUCAGGAAAAAACAUUUAACCUCGCCUAUGUGGAGGAAGUACAGGCAGAAAUACUGGAGAUUCCCUAUGAGAGCAUGGAGCUGAGCAUGUUCAUCCUGCUCCCAGAUGAAGGUGUGGACCUCAGCAAGGUGGAAAAUAAUCUCACCUUUGAGAAGUUAACAGCCUGGACCAAACCUGGUUCUAUGAAGAGCACUGAGAUUGAGGUGUACCUCCCAAAAUUCAUACUGCAACAGGAUUAUGACAUGAGAUCCAUCUUUCAACAGUUGGGAAUGGUGGAUGUCUUCCAAGAAGGCAGAGCUGACUUAUCAGCAAUGUCUCCAGAGAGGGGUCUAAGUGUGUCCAAGUGUCUUCACAAGAGUGUGGUGGAGGUCAACGAGGAAGGCACAGAGGCUGCAGCAGGGUCAGCCACAGAUUGUAUCCUCCUUUGUGCUGGCCCAGUGUUCUAUGCUGACCACCCCUUCCUUUUCUUCAUCAGGCACAACAAAACCAACAGCAUCCUGUUCUGUGGCAGGUUCUCAUCUCCAUAAAGGCACAUUUACAAUGUAGGGCGC